AUGUCUAAAACUUUGAAGAGGAAAAAACACUGGUCCACUAAAGUGCUGGAGUGCGCCGUGUCGUGGGGAAGCGUCGGGGAGUUCGGUGAUGUUGUGGAGAUCCUCGGAGGCGCCGAGCAUGGGGAGUUCCCGUUUCUCGGUCAGAUGAACUUGGACGUGUUGGUGUGUCACGUCGGGAGACUACCGUACUACGGGGAUGUGUUACUGGAGGUGAACGGGACACCUGUCAGCGGGCUGACGAACCGAGACACGCACGCGGUGAUCCGCCACUUUCGAGAGCCGAUCCGCAUUAAGACCGUCAAACCAGGUAAAGUGCUGAACACUGAUUUGAGGCAUUAUCUUAGCCUGCAGUUCCAGAAAGGAUCAAUUGACCACAAACUACAGCAAGUGAUCCGAGACAACCUCUACCUGCGAACGAUUCCAUGUACCACACGGCUGCCCAGAGAGGCGGAAGUACCUGGAGUGGACUACAAUUUUAUCAGCGUGGGGGAUUUUCGUAUAUUGGAAGAAAGUGGUUUGCUGCUGGAGAGUGGAACAUAUGAUGGUAACUUCUAUGGCACUCCGAAACCUCCUGCCGAGCCUAACUUGAUUCAACCUGACCUAGUGGACCAGGUUCUGUUUGAGGAUGAUUAUGGCACUGAGGUUCCAAGAAAGAGAACCACCUCUGUCAGUAAGAUGGAUCGCAAGGACAGCGCCGUCCCUGAAGAGGAGGAGGAUGAGGAACGACCACAGCUCCCAAAUGGCAUCCCAGAGAGGACAGAGGAGUGGAGAAAAACCGUGCCCAGCUACACUCAGUCCAGUGGUGGAGGCAGUGCAGUUGGAAGUGGAACAUUGGAACUUCGCACCUGGAGCUCUUUACCCAGAGACGACAGCCUGGAACCCUUGCCAUACAACUGGGAAAUGGCCUACACAGAUACUGGCAUGGUCUACUUCAUAGAUCAUAACACAAAGUCGACUACAUGGUUGGACCCUCGUUUGGUCAAGACAGCCAAGCCCCCCGAAAAGUGUGAGGAUGGAGAACUUCCAUAUGGUUGGGAGGAGAUUGAUGACCCGCAGUAUGGCACAUAUUAUGUUGAUCACAUAAACCAGAGAACCCAGUUUGAAAAUCCAGUUCUAGAAGCCAAGAGAAAACUUGGUUUGGACACUGCAGUUGCUACUCAAAAUCAACAGAGGGCAGCACCUCCUCCAGUGGGAAAGGGUUGGUGGUACCCCGGGUUCACACGGGACCCAACCCAGCUGAAGGGCGAGCUGUACCACACGGCUCUCAGGAAGAGUCAGCAGGGGUUUGGAUUCACCAUCAUUGGAGGAGAUCGACCUGAUGAGUUCCUACAGGUGAAGAAUGUUCUCGGAGAUGGCCCAGCUGCCCAGGAUAACAAGAUGGCCUCUGGUGAUGUUAUCGUUGAAAUUAAUGGCACACUUGUCUUAGGCAAGACCCAUGCUGACGUCGUACACAUGUUCCAGUGCAUCCCCAUCAACCAAUACGUUGACAUGGUCCUCUGCCGCGGAUACUCACUCCCCCCUGAUGUGGACGUGGAUAGCGAAGACCUGCCCCCUCCCCCUCUUCCUCCAACUGGAGAGAUUGUAACUGCUGUACCCCUCAUCAACGGCCAACCAUUGCUUGUCAAAGGUGAUGCCCUCCACGGCUCCUCACAAGAGCUUCACUACGUUACCACAGACUCCAGUGGGCGGCCCGUGGUUGCCGCGCUUCCUCCCAGCACAGGCGGUGCCAACGAUAGACCCGAAACCGGGAUGCUGCAGCCAGAGCUGGUGAGCGUGUCGAUCAUGAAGGGACCUGGUGGAUUUGGGUUCGCCAUCGCAGACUGUCCGCUAGGCCAGAAGGUGAAAAUGAUUCUGGAUGAGCAGUGGUGCCGUGGUCUGCUCAAAGGAGAUGUUAUAAAGGAGAUUAACAGGCAGAACUUGAAAACGCUGAGCCAUGCGCAGGUAGUGGAUAUAUUGAAGGACCUGCCUGUGGGAAGUGAAGUCAAUCUUUUGGUGCUGAGAGGAGGUAAGACAUCGCCUGUGAAGAGUUUAAGACCUAGACAAGGAAUGAGUGCCAGCACAGAGACUCUGGACCGUUACCAUGACAUCAUGGUACCCCCGGCAUUGACCUAUCACGCAAACACACUGCCAUGCAGCUCACCAAAACAAGAUGCUUCACUCCACUACAAUAAACCCAAAGCCUUGCCGGAGAGCAUAGUACCUCACUAUAAAGAGUUGGAUGUGUUCAUUAAGAGAGAUCAGGAGUCAGGGUUUGGCUUCCGUGUGCUGGGCGGAGAGGGCGCAGAACAGCCAGUAUAUAUUGGUGCCAUCAUUCCCCAGGGGGCGGCAGAGAAAGAGGGCCGUCUGAGGGCCGGAGACGAGCUGAUUGGCAUCGAUGGCAUCACAGUUAAAGGGAAAUCUCACAAACAAGUUCUGGAUCUGAUGACUAACGCAGCCCGCAAUGGACAAGUGCUCCUCUCGGUUCGCAGGAAGGUCAUUUACAGAGAUGCCUCAGAGGAUCUUGGGAACAUGGCUCUGACCCUUGUGAAUGGCUCACCUCGGAUUCCGCGGAUCCAGGUGCCACGCAUCAAGGACCAGGAGUCGUUUGAUAUCACACUCCAUCGUAAAGAUAAUGAGGGCUUUGGUUUUGUCAUUCUGACCUCAAAGAGCAAACCGCCACCUGGAGUGAUUCCUCACAAGAUUGGACGUAUAAUCGAAGGCAGUCCAACGGAUCGCUGCGGUUUGCUGAAUGUGGGUGACCGCAUAUGCGCUGUGAACGGUCAGUCCAUCAUAGAGCUCUCGCACAACGACAUUGUUCAGCUUAUCAAAGAUGCUGGGAACUCCGUCACACUCACUGUCGUUCCAGAGGAUGAGUACAAAGGCCCGCCCUCAGGAGCCAGCUCAGCCAAACAAAGUCCCGCACCACAGCACAAGAUUCUGAAAUCCACCACUCAGGACGAGAGGUAUAUUUUGGACAUGGACGAGAUCAGGGAUGAGCUUACAUGGACGGAGUAUAAAGCUCUUCCCAUUGGUGAGCAGGGAACACUGUGUGUCACCAACUUCAAACAGGGCUGUAUUGCGGUUGAGUUGGAGCGGGGUCCUCGUGGUUUUGGUUUCAGUCUUAGAGGAGGAACUGAGUAUAACAUGGGCCUUUACAUCCUGCGGCUGGCUGAGGAUGGCCCUGCUUUACAGGAUGGCAGGAUACACGUAGGAGAUCAGGUAGUGGAGAUUAAUGGGGAACAGACACAAGGCAUCAGUCACACUAGAGCCAUUGAACUCAUCCAAGCUGGAGGAAACAAAGUGCUACUCUUACUGCGACCACAAGCCCUCUUAUCUGAAAACAGUUGUGUAAGCUCUUCUGCGGUGUGCUACUACCCCCAGGAGCACCAUCACUAACAGCCUGCUUUCCUUUUGGUCAUCUUUUCUUUUUUUGGUUCUCAAGGAGACUAUCCUGACAAACAGGGAUCCAAAACUUCAAACAUUCUCCACAGGUCUCCUUUCCUUCAUCCCUCAUCCUCCUCAGAAGAAGAGAACAUCAGACCUGCCAAGGUCCAUGGCCCGUUCUCAUGCCUCCUUAGAUAUCACUCACUAGGAUCUGUGGCCUAAAGACAGUAUCAGGGUGAAGCUUGCCAAACCAUGAAUCUCCAGCUCUUCCAACGCCUCAAAGCAACGACGCAUCAAGAGUCUUUCUGCAGAGAACCUCCUUUAUCUUGGAGAUACUACAAAAUCCAAAAGCCCAUCCAUAGCCAAAGACAAAAGUCACAGCUACAAUGAAAACCUAUAACUAAGCUCUCGGGACUCCAAAAAGGAUAGGAAGUCCAACCAACAGAGUCACUCAAUCAGUCCUUAGGAGUCCAUGCACGAAAAACAGGAAGUGGUAGUUGAUGAUGGGCAAGGAAGGAAAGAGGAACAUUGAAUGAUGGGGACACCAAGGGCUAUCCACAGGAAAAGUGACCCUGAGAAGAUUAAAAAAUGGGAAGGAAGUGAAAUGAGACUGGAGAUUGACCCAAAAUGGGACGCAGAACUGAAAAACAGCCAAAGGAAGUAAACAACAAAAUAUAGUGGCACUCACGUAUCAAGCAAAGAGAUAGAGAGGAAGAGUAAACACUCAAAGGAUAAAAGAUCAUUGAGGGAUCCAAAAGAGGAAAAUGAUAAAAUAAUGGUCUGGAUAAUAGACAAGAAAGAAAACAAAAAAAGAGGAAGUGACUGGGAUAGCAGUAAAGAUGACAUGCGGCAAAUCUAGUCCUGUACAGCUUGAGUCCUCUAAGCAAUAGCCUUUGGAGGUUCCCUAGCUACACUCGCAUUCUCACUCAUGAGGAAGUGAUGCAAGAUUUUGAUUGCGAUGCUUGGGUAUCAAAGUUUUGAGGCCUGAAACAUACUCUACACAAAUGCAUGAAUGUUUCUAGCAACUCAAACCUCAUUUUCAUGCGUCGUUGCUUUCUGAAAGUGUAACAAUGCAAUUGCAUUCACAGUGAGCGUGUUCGCAUUCACAGCAAUACGCUGAAAACUAUCAAACACCCACUUAUUAAAAAAAAUGUCUACAUAAGAAACCCGUAAGAUUUUGAAAUCAUAGAGUUAUUCUCUGCAUUUGAAGUCAAAGCAUAAACAGACAUGUAUACAAAACUUGCACACAUUGAUAAGCCAGUAAAGACGCCAGUAAAGGUGUUUACAUGCAAAGCUAAAUCUGUGUGCUGAUUGUUUUUACUUAAACCAUUUUUGACCAUACCACGGUAAAGGAAUGCCAUUUAAGGAUUUUACAUGACCUUACCCAUUGUUUACUUGUUGGGUGUAAUCUGAUUACAAAGUAAUUAGCUCAUCUAAUACAUAAUAAUUACUCUAAUCUGAUACAUUUUAGAAUUAAAGAAUAAUAUUCUUGUAAUCCGAUAACAGUUACAGAUUUUCAAUUUAGGUACUUUAAGUACAGUAUAUUACUUUGGAUUACAUAUAUUUCUUAAAUAUUAUUAAUGUAUAAUACUUUAAAAUAUGAAUUAAUAUGUUCGUAUAUAUGUCUGUUCAUGAAGGGUGUGCGACAACUAACAAGGAGGAAAUAUAAUCAUUAUUUUACAUUUGUUGAGCGAAAAAACAAAGGUUGUGAAAAGUGUUUUAGAAAAUUAUUUAAAAGUAAAGUAAAUUGUAAUGUGUAAAGUAAUCAAUGAAAUAAUUAUGAUUACGAUUUUAGAGAAGUAACUAGUAAUUUCUAUCAGAUUAAAUUUUUUGAGUAAUGUAACCAACACCGUAUAAGAUCAAGCAUUUAAAUGCACUCAGUGUUGUCGCAAGGGUGCGCUAUAGCAGAUAUUAGCAUACAGUCCUUCUACAUCAGUUUUCUCUUUCAAUUCAACUACUGUCAUGGUGGAGCAAUAGUUUGAAGUCUUGCUGAGCAAGUUAGCUAAACUGUUGACAUGUUAGUAGCUAGCUACAGUAUCUACAUAAUAACGUUUAAUGUCACAAACAUUGGGAGGUGAAAUGAUGUUCAGCACCUUUUAGUCUGAGUAUGUGUCUGGCCUUAAACCCUGUUUUUCCCCGGGAAGUCUCCCAUCCAGUUACUGAUCAGGCUCACACAUGCUUAGCCUUUUCAGGUAACCAGUUGAGCUCAUACACAUUCGUGCUCUUUGUUUUCAGCAAUCGAACUGAUAUACAAACAUAUACAAACAUGAGGUUUCCCCCAAACUGUCUUUAUGCAGUUCUGGAGAUCAUCACUUAUUAUCUUAACAGACUUGGAGAAUUUUGAGAGGCAAUUUCGCGCAGUUUUGUGGCCAAGCGGAUGGAGCUCCUUUUGUCUGGACUGCCUCUUUAAAGUUCCUUUGUGCCAGCUGAUUUUAAACAACAAAAGACUCUCUAGACACAUCACAAUGCAAUCCUUCCUUAUGCAAUUGAAGGGAACAUGCCACAUCAAUCACCAAAACAUCAUUGCAAGUUUAGUCUUGUUUCAGUCACAAAAGCUCGUCCUUACCCCAAAGAAUAUUUUUUUUCUGCAUGCAAACUAGAACACAAAAAUUCCUCGUUUUGUUGCAUGCCUUUUCCUGUGCAGACUGUCUAAUGAUUCUAAGCUUUGUAAAUAAGAACUGUCAUCACAGUUGCGGACUUUACCAGGGAAUUUACCAAGACUGUUCUCUUUUUCUCCUUAUCUUUGACUCCCUGAACUCCAAAUAUAAUAAUUGCAAAUGACCAGACACUUGUGCUUUAAUAUACCAAGAAAAUGAGCCUAUGUUUAUUUAUUGAAAACAUGUACAGUAUAUGAAGAUAGAUCCAUGUAGCUUUAUGAAAUUGUGACAUUUAUUUCAGUGUAGAGAUCCAGAAUAAUGCUCAGCACCGUGGUAGUUUUACCUUGU